AUGAGUCCAUUUGUUGUUGUGCAUAAUGAGACAACAUAUCCUACAAUAACUUCUACUCAGACAGAGAUCAAUAUAUGUGACGCCUUGAAUAGACCUAGUGAUGUCGACGAAGAAGACUUUUGUAAAGAUAGAACUUAUAUCUGUAGACGUGUAAUUAAUACAAAAAAAGGGAGCGAUAGAGUUACUCAUGUACAAGCUAUUGCUGGUGAAUUCGAAGGAUCCAAGCUAAAUGCUACAGUUGAAGUACCGAAUAAUACAGAGCAGGAUCUGUCACAAAACGGUGCACAGCUAUCUAUUAGCCUUGGCGGUGAACAUAUUAAUAACAAAUCACUAUCUGCCCUGAUAACUCUCGAAUGUGACACAUCUCAGCCUACAAAAGAAGACCCAAAUGAACCUACGAUUGUGUCUUUUAAAAGCAAUGUAUUGGCUGUCCAUUGGAAGACUGUAUUUGCAUGUGGAGCUCAGCCAAAAGAAAAGAUCCCUAAAGAAGAUGAGCCAACAGAAGAUGAGCCAACAGAAGAUGAGCCAUCAGAAGAUGAGCCAUCAAAAGAUAAAGAUGUACCACCAAAGGAUAUAAAUGAAGGGAUGUCUAGCAUCGGUGUGUUCUUCACCUUCGUCGGUUUAUUGAUAGGACUAUAUUUUGGAGGUUAUGCUCUGUAUAACUACAAGGUCUACAAUGCCCGUGGUAUUGAUCUACUCCCUCACCGUGACUUCUGGAUUGAGCUUCCUUAUUUAAUCAAGGAUUUAAUUACCCAUGUCAUGGACUCUAUGUCUUCCAAUCGACGAGGUGGUGGAUAUGCCUCUGUAUAGCACGUAGCUCUCAAAUCUAUAGAUACCAUAUACUAUCUUUACAUUUACUUUUUUGCUUUGAUGAUAAAAAAUUUAAUGAAUUAUAUAUAUAUAUAUAUAUAUACGGCU